AUGGCCACUGUCACCUCCGACCAAUCCACCUGCCGCUUCUCCACUCGCAUCUCAAUCCGAUGGCUCCCAGAGCCCGCUCAGGAAACGACCGAUACAAUUGUGAUGUCCGUGAAAGACUGGUAUCUUGAUAUGCGGAUCGAGAAGACGACAGGGGAGAUUGAUUGGGCGAUUGCUGGGCAGAGAAUUGUUGAGAGCCAGGAGCCCUUACGGGUCUCCUUCUCCCAUGAACUUGAUUCUCACAAUGCCUUUGAGAGCGUGGAUUGUGGGACUUUCACCUCGUUGCCCAAUGGAGAUGAUCUCGAAACGGGCAUUAUGCCUCGUCCGGAUCUUCCCGGUGCACCUGAAACGGAAUAUGAGGAAGUGUGGCGGGAGUUGCCGUUCAGAGACGGCCCCGAUGGUCCCAAGAAGGGACUUUCGUGGGUGUUGGAGUCAGUUGAUGGGGAUUCCAGCAGUGAAGAAGGAGAAGUGACGGUCACCAAGACUUUCAUCGGUCGCAUCUGGGGAACGUAUUUGGCACUGCGGCAAACUCAAAUUCAUACGCGUCAGAGGACUCCGAAUGGUGGCUUGGUUGUUAGAAAAUCAGGCGCUGAUGUUAGUGCUAGAAGGGAAGAAUGGGGCUCGGGCUGGAGUGCGAAAUAUGUGGUUGGCGAAGGGGCGGAUACCUUGCCUUCGAUGAUGGUUGGCUUUGAUGGAGAGGGAUUUGGAUCUUGGAGGAUACCGGGCGAGAAAGUCCAAGUGCAAGGGAAGACUUAUACUGUUCGAGCCUUUGAGCAGAUUGAGUAG